AUAUGGCGGCCGUAGUACGACAUAGGUUUUGGAACGAUUUACCAACUGUUGUUAUUACAGAAAUUUUAUCUUAUUUGUCAUUCGGUGAUCGUCUUAGAUGUUCCUUAGUGUGUAAAUCUUGGAGGCAAUGUCUUUUCAGUUCACAGUUUUGGAAAAACGUUGUUUUUGUGAUAAACAACGGCAAUACCCCGUCAACUUUACAAGUAUUGUGGUCAAAUAAUCGAGCAAGGUCUCGAUUUUUUCAUAAAGUACUUAAAUGUUGUAAAAAUUCAGUUCGUAAUGUUCAGGUUCGGUUCAAUUCUCUGAAUGGGGAAGAUGUUUUGCAAGCUUUAGAAAUCACAGAAACUUUAGUUACUCUAAGGAGUAAACUACAGGGUUUUUCGUUAGAGCCUUCAAGUAGUCACAUUGAAUGGAAUUGUAGAUCAAGCUGUAAAAGAAAAAACGAAGAGGAUUUAAAUUUCACGAACAAAUUAGGAGAUCACAUGCAAAAAGGAGUUCAUCAGAAUGUUUCGCAAGCAAAAACUGAGGAUAAAAGGAAUUUUCAAGACAGGUUCAUCAAAGCCAUCAGAACAUUGAUGAUGCAAGAUAAUCAUCUUAAGCAUAUUGGUUUUGGAUUUAUUGAGGAAUUGGUUGAAGAUGGAAAUUCUUAUUUAACUCUCUUGAGUCAACAUCAGGCAGAAUCUAUUCAAAGCUUACAUCUAGCAUCAGUUCAAGAAACUAUGUAUGAAAAAUCCAAAAUUGUUUAUCAAGCAAACCUUUUUCAUUGUUUAAUUCAUCUGACGAUUUUAAGUAUUGAUUUUGAUCAAGUAACUGAUGCACUAUUGACUGCUUUGGCUGACCAAAACAGGCUUCCUCUAAAACAACUACUUUUAUAUUUAAGUAACUUAAAUCCUCAUUAUCAACCAGUAUCAGUGAAAACUUGGAUGACACUCACCAAACAAAGUCCAUCUCUAGAAGUUACAGUGACGUUACUGCACUUCAAUGAUGAAAGUUCUGUUUUGUCAGAAAUUCUCAGCUCUCAUAUGCCGCUGACACACUUCCGGUCAUUUUUUAGUGCUGGAAUAGACGAAGAUCUUCUGUAUCAGUUAGCUGUUAGUAACAGUGAAACAUUGCAAUCACUUUACAUUAUGGACAGUCUGUCAGAAGAAAAAGGACCCAGUGUGUCAUUUUUAGUUGUUGAUGAAGAUCCUUUUGUCAUAUUAGCUUGGAAGUGCAAAAAAUUAACAUCUCUUACAAUAAUAGGAUUUGAAGUUGCUGACUUGAAUGUUAUUGCUUUUGCUCGAUUACGGGGAUCUAAUUUGAAAGAACUUAAGAUUCCUGCCUGUUGUAUAGUUGUUGGUGAUGAUGGAAAAGAUGUAGUUUAUCUUGAUCAAGUUGCUCCAAAUAAGUAUCAUACCCUAGUGAAUGAAGUUUCUAAAAGCCUACAGUUUCAGUGGAAACCUUUAUCAACUUUUGAACUCCAUCCUUCAGUUAUAAAUGUGGAACUGGAUGCUGAAGAGGCUUACCUUUGGUACAUAUUGAAAGAUCAGAGGUGGUUAGAUGUUGUAGAUUAAUAAGUCUUGUUGAAUACUCUUUGUUGUGAUUAAAUAUAGUAAGAAGUAUUUUACCUUCAGACACUGUUACUCUCAUCAUUGACGAUCUUGUGAAAUCUUCUGUCACAUCAGAGAAGAAAAUGUUGAGAAAGUAUUUCUUAAACCAUAUUAUUGUCAUUGAAAGAGUUUGUGACACUUGAAACAUUUGCUUUCAUGUGGUUCAUCCAUAUUGAAAAGCUAUAUUUUCAAGCUUUUUGUUUUCAUCUGGAGUACUCAUGGUGAUGAGAGAUUUUUUCUUAGUGUGAGUAUUUUGUGUUGACUGAAUCAUUGUUAGUUGAUUUUUAUCUUACCACCAGUGUUCUCUGUUACAUAUACCAUACUUUUUUUUUGAAUGACUCUUUUUUAAAUUUAAGUAUUAUAUCUGGUUCAAUUUCAUACUGUAAAUUCCAGUAUAUUUUGCUAUUCAUAUUAUCUAUGAUGAAAAGAAAUUUCAUUAAAUCACCUUUUUUCAUAAGAACAAUUAUUUAUUCCAAUGUGCUUUAUCAGCAAAAUGAUGUCUGUAAUUAAACAAAACAAGUUUGAAUUAUUUCUAUAUUCACCUCAGUGUGGUCUCUGACUAUAGUAAUGUGAAGAAAUACUGAAGUAUUUGUUAUAUGUCAAACAACCAGGAAGUUGUGUAUAUUUUAUUCUGUUGAUAGAAGAUUAAGUAUGAGAAGCAUCAUGUUUUAAAUAUUCUGAAGUCUGUAAGUUAUAUUAAUGUAAUCAAAGUUUGCAUAAGUAUUUUUUUUUAUGUAAUUUGGUAUUGUAGUAUCCUAUGGGUUGGAAAAGACACCAAAAUUCUGGAAAUAAGCUAAUCUCUCAGAUUUAUAGAUAUGGGCUUUUCUGUGGCAUUCUAAAGUGAAAGACAAUAUCACUGCAUACUGUUCAAUUUUCAGUUAUUUUAUAAGAUCAAACAACAAGAAUGUCGUCUUUAACUCAAGCUCUGGGUGAGUUCCUUAUCAUUAAUUUUUUAUAGAUGUUACAUUGUGUUAAAGAAAAUUUACUGCACAAAAAAAUCAUUAAGCUCUAGCAUGAUAUUUAUUGGAAAGACAUAAACAACCUCUUCUCAUUACAGAAGUGCUUUUCUAUGCACUCUUGAAAUUCAAGUUAAAGUGUAUUUUGAUGUAACGAAAUCUCUUGUCUGAUAGAAAAAUGCAACCUGCCCCAAAACAUUUCAUGAUUGAUUAUUAAGCAUGUUUCAUGACCAUAAGAAGUAAAAUAUACAAUGAUAAAAAAUACCUUAUGAAUAUUUAACAUUAACUCAUGAGCUUUACAACCAAAAUAAGUGGCAAAGCAGUUUAUAAAGAACAAUUAGUAGGAGUUGUUAUGAAACCCUAAUAUAUGCAACAUCAUGCUCUCAAUUGAAAGUUUUUUGCGACUAUUAUUCAUGUUUGCAUCAGGUGUUGUUCUUUAAUAAUUUAAAAUAUGAAUGCAAAACUAAUAAAUGUAUAGAACAAUACAUUUUACCAUUUUUAAUUACCUAUGGCAAGAGUUGCUUUCACUCUGCAGUAACUGGGUGCUGAAAGCCAGCUGCAAUUUAUCUUUUAACAUAAUACAGCACAACUGUAACUCUCGAAAGCAGAGUAAGAAAAAAUUGAAAAAUUACUCUCUAUCAUUUGCCAUAUAUUAUUAGACAAGGAUUUAGACAGUCAUAAGUGAUGUAAACACUUAGCCAUUUUGUGAAUAAACUUACAUAUUUCAUAUUAGAAUUAAUAUUCUACGGCUUCAUGAGCACUUAUUUUUAACAGGCAAGGACUUAAAAGGAGUUUGUACAUCACUUUUUGUUAGCCGGAAUUGAACUAUGGCUUGUAAUUUAGAACCAAAUCUUGUUUUCAACUAGUUACACAAAUUAAAUAUAUUUGUGUUUUUUCAUGAAUACAUUGAAAUCAGUGCUUUUUAUAAAUUAUUGUAAUAUUGAGUAAAUAAAGCUCUAAAAAUAUACAAUAAUGAAGCUAAUGUAAGAAGUGACUGCUAUAACUUCUGUACUAGGUUAAUUGAAAAAGGAUCGUGAGGUAAAAGCAUCUCUUGUCUGAGAUGAAGUGUUAUCACAUUUUUGAAGUCUUAAGAAAAGUGAUUGUUUCAAGUAACUUUUUGUGUUGUAUCCUUACUCAUCGCUGUUAUUCAUAUGAAUAAUAAAUUUAUUAUGAUUAAUCCAAA